AUGUUUUCCAGGCUGUUUAGAGUAUUUCGGAGAGAGAAUGGAGAUCAAGGAGAGACCACACCUAACAAGAAGGAAGCUGGCCUCCUGUCUUGUAAAAACGGAAGAAUGAAAUCAUUCUGGGGAAGGCACACUAGCCAAACAUCAUCCCAGAAUUCCACCAUCACUAACCAGAAGCAGAAGACGACACUGCAAGACCUGAAAUUUGAGAUCAAGAAGAUGAGCUUUGAGAAGGAAGAAAUUUGUCAAAUCCUGAAUAUGUAUAAUUAUUCUGAUUUGAACUACAGGUUGAACAUCGAAUUCAAUAUCGUGAAAAGAAACCACGAAAAGACCAUGACGAAUAUCCAGAAAAUCACCGAGUCAAUAAGUGAUGCCAACCAGAAAUACAAGGAUCUCCUAGGAGAUAACUAUUCCUACAGCACCAGGCACUGCCACCUCCUUAGAGAAUGUACACAACUGAAAGACAAUGUCAGGAUAUUGCAGCAGAGAAUGAAGAAAAAUCUGCUGGUAAAGGAGAGUGAAGCAAGAGUCUCCUGUGGGGAAGAUAAGAGUUUCUGUGAGGAGGACAUCAAGGAAAUCUCUGUCCCAAGUGCCGAGCAUGAGCAG